AUGGCCUAUAAAUGGGAAAACGCAGGGUUUAUAUUAGCACGUGCCUUGCCCAAUAUUGAAGAGUGGAGAUUAUUUUCUCCUAUAAAUGUUUCCAAAUUGACAGAAAAAAAAAUCAAAAAGUCAAAUCCUAACAUUUCUACUUAUAUAAAAUCUUCAAAGGAAUGGAUUGUAUCGAUUCCACAAGAAUCUG